GGUUUCUGAGUGGGCGAAGCAGCGGUCCCUGGAAACAGUUCCGGGAAACCCCGCGUGCUGCCGGGGUCGCGCCGCCGUCCAUGAGGAGAAGGAGGAGCGCGCGCCAUUUGCCGUCGCUGCUUGGGCCCGAGCUGCGCCGCGCCGGCCCCGCUCCGCAUAAUAAAAUGGCUAAUCAGGUGAAUGGUAAUGCGGUACAGUUAAAAGAAGAGGAAGAACCAAUGGAUACUUCCAGUGUAACUCACACAGAACACUACAAGACACUGAUAGAGGCAGGCCUCCCACAGAAGGUGGCAGAGAGACUUGAUGAAAUAUUUCAGACAGGCUUGGUAGCUUAUGUCGAUCUUGAUGAAAGAGCAAUUGAUGCUCUUAGGGAAUUUAAUGAAGAAGGAGCCCUCUCUGUAUUACAGCAAUUUAAAGAAAGUGACCUGUCGCAUGUACAGAACAAAAGUGCAUUUUUAUGUGGAGUUAUGAAGACCUACAGGCAAAGAGAGAAACAAGGCAGCAAAGUACAGGAAUCAACGAAGGGACCAGAUGAAGCAAAGAUUAAGGCUUUGCUAGAGCGGACUGGUUACACUUUGGAUGUAACUACAGGACAGAGGAAGUAUGGGGGUCCUCCUCCAGAUACUGUGUAUUCUGGUGUUCAGCCUGGCAUUGGAACAGAGGUUUUUGUUGGUAAAAUUCCCCGAGACCUUUAUGAAGAUGAAUUGGUACCACUCUUUGAGAAAGCUGGUCCAAUUUGGGAUCUGCGUCUCAUGAUGGAUCCUCUUUCUGGUCAAAACAGAGGUUAUGCUUUCAUUACCUUUUGUAGUAAAGAUGCAGCACAAGAAGCAGUCAAGCUGUGUGACAACUAUGAAAUCCGUCCUGGAAAGCACCUUGGAGUAUGCAUCUCCGUGGCAAACAACAGGUUAUUUGUUGGGUCAAUUCCAAAGAACAAAACUAAGGAAAACAUACUGGAAGAGUUUGGUAAAGUCACAGAGGGUUUGGUGGAUGUAAUUUUGUAUCAUCAACCUGAUGAUAAAAAGAAGAAUCGAGGAUUCUGCUUCUUGGAAUAUGAGGAUCACAAGUCAGCAGCACAAGCUCGCCGACGCCUGAUGAGUGGGAAAGUAAAAGUCUGGGGAAAUGUUGUUACAGUGGAAUGGGCUGAUCCAGUAGAGGAACCUGAUCCAGAAGUCAUGGCAAAGGUUAAAGUUUUAUUUGUAAGAAACUUGGCCACUACUGUGACAGAAGAAAUUCUUGAGAAAUCCUUUUCUGAAUUUGGAAAGCUGGAAAGAGUAAAGAAGUUGAAGGAUUAUGCAUUUGUUCAUUUUGAGGACAGAGGUGCAGCAGUGAAGGCUAUGAAUGAAAUGAAUGGGAAAGAGAUAGAAGGGGAAGAAAUUGAAAUAGUAUUAGCAAAGCCACCGGAUAAGAAAAGGAAAGAACGUCAGGCUGCCAGACAGGCCUCCCGGAGCACUGCGUAUGAAGAUUAUUAUUACUACCCUCCGCCUCGCAUGCCACCUCCUAUUAGAGGCCGAGGCCGUGGAGGAAGAGGUGGAUAUGGCUAUCCCCCAGAUUACUAUGGCUAUGAAGAUUAUUAUGAUGAUUACUAUGGCUAUGACUAUCAUGACUACCGUGGUGGCUAUGAAGAUCCCUAUUACGGCUAUGAUGAUGGCUAUGCUAUAAGAGGAAGAGGAGGAGGAGGAAGGGGUGGGAGAGGUGCCCCUCCACCACCUAGGGGGCGGGGAGCACCACCACCAAGAGGUAGAGCUGGCUACUCACAGAGGGGGGCACCCAUGGGACCGCCGAGAGGAGCCAGGGGGGGGAGAGGGGGCCCCGCGCAGCAGCAGAGAGGACGUGGUGCUCGUGGAGCCAGGGGCAACCGUGGGGGCAACGUAGGAGGCAAGAGAAAGGCAGAUGGGUACAACCAGCCUGAUUCCAAGCGCCGUCAGACCAACAACCAGCAGAAUUGGGGCUCCCAACCCAUCGCUCAGCAGCCGCUCCAGCAAGGUGGUGACUAUGCCGGUAACUAUGGUUACAAUAAUGACAACCAGGAAUUUUAUCAGGAUACUUAUGGGCAACAGUGGAAGUAGACAAGUGAGGAGGGAUUGAGAAUAUUGGAAACAUAGAAUUGGCUAUAGCUCUACAUCUUUCAAAAAAAAAAAAAUUGGCUUAAUGUUUCAUCCUUCAGUAGCGAUUGGCUGCCAUUUGUAUUGGGCUGAAGAAUCACUCUAUUGUGUAUAUACUCGAGUCUCUUAGUUUUCUUUUUUCAUAAACGCACUUGGACAUUACUGGGCUUGCAGAAUUCCUGAACUCCUUAUGGGGUCUCAGCGCUUUUAUCAUUUUAGGCUUCACUUUAGCAGUUUAAAAGCAGGAAUGGCACACUGUUCAAUCAUGAUUUUGCAGAACCUCUGGUUUUGGACAGUUUCUUCUUCUUUUUUUUUUUUUUUUUUUUUUUUUUUGGAUUUGGGAUAGACUACAUAGGAGUAUGCUGUACAUAAAAGUAAAAGCUAGUGCUUUGUCUUAGUAGUUUUAAGAAAUUACAACAAAUUAAGUUUUCUUGUAUUGAAAAUAACAUGAUUGUAUGUUUUGCAUUCCUAGAAGUAGGAUAACUGUGUUUUUAAAUUGUUAUAACUUCACACCUUUUUGAAAAUCUGCCCUACAAAAUUUGUUUGGCUUAAAACGUCAAAGCCGUGGCAAUUUGUUCCUUGAUGUGAUUGUAUUUCCAAUUUCUUGUUCAUGUAAGAUUUCAAUAAAACUCAAAAAUCUAUUCAAAACAUUACCUAUUUCAAAUUCAAUUGUGUCCUAAAACAUUAUUUCAUUGGUAAUUCUUGUGAAAAAUAUUGUUUUCAAAGUAUAACUGCCUAUGUGAGUGAUCAAAUUUGUGCAAAAUUUCCUGUGCUUUCCAACAUGUAGCACUGUGGACAUCAGACUGAAAACUAGGAGAAAUUACAGACAGCCCAAAAGGCACUCACUGUUUAAUUGCUGUUCAAUAAUUUAUCGGCAUCUAAUUUUGAAACUUUUUAUUCCUAUUUAAAAGUGUUGAAUUGUAUCCAAGCAUUCACAGAGAUCUAAUUUAAAUCUAGUCUUCUAAUGUAAUGUGGAGAAGGAAGCAGAUCCUACAAUGGUGUUAAUUUUGUUCCUUUGGUGAUGCCCUGUGGAGUCCCUGUGGAGGCUGUUCUGGUAGGAUCCAGCCUUAUUGUAUAAUUGAGCAUACAGACACACAGGGAAAUUAUUUUGAUCUCAAGCAUCUUAAUCUAAUCUCAAAUAAUAUUUGGCUAGGAGUGAGAAUUACAGCUUGGGUGCUAUGGCACACUAAAUUAAUUUCUUGCUACGGAUAACACGAACAUACUCUCCAGAUUCUGCUUAUUUCUAUCUUGACAUUUUAAUUUGAUGUUCUGCCAUGAUGAACAAUUUGCCUUAGAAUUCUCCUGCCUUAAAAUAAAGGCUGUUAAAAAUUUAAGACUUUAUCUUUUGAGGGCAUUGCUAGCUACAUUAUAUUAUGUGUUGCUUUGACCCUUGUCUUGGACAUUCCCAGAUGUCAAUUUUAACUGGCAAAUCAUGACAUUACUCUUGUGUUGCAUCUAAGCCAUUCUGUACCACAGUGAAGAACAUUUGCUUCUCAAGAAAAGAGAGAAACAAACGGAUUUAUACUUUCUCUAAAGAAAACUAUUGCCGGACCUCUAAAUAUCCAAAUCCAAUACAUUGCUCAUACUUGAUUUACAGCAUUCCAAACACAGACUAUUGAGGAAGUUAAACUUCAGUGGUCAUACUCCUCCCUUUGUCUUCUAUUCCUGUCUGGUGUCUCAAGUGUGUUAUGUCAGAAUAUACCCAGUAAGAUGAGCCUCCCCACACUGUGGAUCUGGAAUGGGAUUGCAGGGUUUGAGUUGUGACCUGAAUCGAAGAUGUCUAUCUGCUUCUCAGAAAUGGGUUUGCCCAUGUCAGGCUCUUCCAAUUUAUAGAAUUGGUCAUAAAUAGCUUAAAAGUGCUUUUAAAAAAAUCAAUAUCCAGUAUGUUGGGGUUUGGGCUUCUUUUUUUUUUCCCCACUUCAUAAAGUUAAUGGAGCCAAAUCAUGUCCUCUCUGUUUCUUACCUGAGCUGUGAACUCAGAGGGCUGUUGCCUGAGUAUACACUUCAGGCUUUUGCUUGUGAUAAGGAUGUGGUUUGUAAUUCUGUUCUAACACAAAGUUUUGCUGCCCUAUCCGUAUAACUUUCUGGUAGUUAUACAGCUCAUGUAGUGCUGAGCAGAACCCUGUAGUCCCAAUCACUAUUGGCUUUUCAGUAUUCAUUGUAAAGGGGAUCUAGUACAAGGAGCUUAAUUGGAAUCAUAUUUCAAGUUCUCUCCAUCUUGGAAGAAGGUAGUGUUCCCAUAUUGCACAUUAGCUAGGAGAGGUGAGGUGCUAGUAAGUGCUGUGGGGGAGUGGGGAGGAAGUUAAACACCUCAGUUAUAGUGGUUACAAAAGAGCUGAGAAACAAAAAUGUUAAAAUUGUUUUCCUCAAGAACUGUAAGGUUGCAUCUUGUAUUUACUUUUUCCCGACUCAUCAUUUCUACUAGUAAUUUUAUUAACUAUGUGGAGCGAGCUAUUAACUUUUAUAAUUGAAUAUCAUAACAGUUAAACUCAGUAGAAGUUUAUGUUUGCAGGAUAUACCAGGUUCUUUGAUUUACAUGGUUUAUGGCUACUCAAAUUCACCUUUUAAAUUUGCAGCAGUACUUUUAUUUAAUCAUUAGAUAAGGUGUGCUACAGCUUACUUGAAUAGUGGUGUGUGCUGAACUUGAAGAACUUAAUGAAAUGAUGGAAAAAAAUUAUCAAGCAAAGAUACUGUAGUACAGUGGAAAACUACCAUGCCUGACUCAAAGGAAGAAUUUCUCAGCAAAAUUUUGACAUCUAGUUUAAAAAUAAAUUUAAAUUUAUUCUUGUGCAUUUCUUUUGAUUGUUUCUUCAGUAUAACUUAGCAAAAAUCCUCUAUAAUAUGUUGAAAAUGGGUUUCAACUUGCACACCAAUAUUCAGCUUUUAUGAGUGUCCUGCUGGCAUUGGAGGAGGAGCCAUGAAAUGGAGUUUUAAUAAUCAUUUGAUCACUCAUUUAUAGCAGUUGCUUAAAUGUCUGUAUUGAUAAGGUGUUUGACUUAAGAAGCAAGUUACCAGAUUCCUAGCAGUUCCAAAACUUCAGCAAAAUACUUUACAGCUACUGUGUUAUUAUAUACUUAAUUUCACUUUAUUAACAAUUUAGUUUACUAAACUCAAAUUAAAAUUUUAGUAUUUCAUUCAACAUAGUUUGCAUUUUUUCAAAGUGUUUUCUAGCAAUUGUUUAUUUUUAAAUCUCAGCUUCUGUAGUCUGAUCAUUAAAGAAUGACAACUGCAUUGCUUAAAGCUUUCCAAAAUAAACUCAAAGUAGAAGAUCACCGCAUGAUUUUGGUGACUCUGUAUAAAAACCUGACCACUUUUUGUCCCCUCUAUGUUUGGACAUUAAGCCCAUUUCUAUAAUUUGAACUACACAGAAAAAAAAAUACAGAGGGCACUCUUAUUAUAAGGCUAGGAGAGAAAUAAAUGUUAAGUGCUGAGCAAAAAGUCUUAAACCUCUCAAAAACAUUUGGUACCAAGACCCAUAUACCCUACUGAAUGAAUGUAUUUUUAGCAAGAAUUAAUUGUUAUCCAAAAGUGCUGGUGGCCCAUCCAUAGAACAGCAGGGACCUCUCCUAGAAAUCUGUCAUCAGCAAUCUUUAAUCAUGCAUGACUUGAGGUGGAGUAUGUGUGUGAUGAAGGAUUGCUUGUAAGGUAGAGGUUGUCAGUGGCAUUCUGUCAUUCAUGUGACCUAUGUGAGUAGCUCAGAGCCUUAUAGAAAGAGUGUACCACGUUGUGUUCCUGUUUUUUUCUAAACAACAACAAAAAGAAGUUAGAGCUUCUGUUAACUUAGAACUUGAAUGAAGCUGUUGUAGUCUAUUGGCUUAAAUUGUCCUUUGAAACCCAGAGCAGUUCUGUUGAGCGUGUAUUAGUUGAUAAAAUGUGUAGAGUAGGGAGAAAAAAAAUCACUUGUACUAAAGGGAAACCCUAAGUUUUUGGUCUCAUUCAAAUAAAAUAGUCAAGGUGGAUCUGCGAUACUUGGUUAUUGAUCAGGAACUUCUGAAAUUUUAGAACAGGAGAAUCCCUCUGAAGAAAUGUUGUUUUAACAACUUGGAGGUUACCAGAAGCUCUGAAAGACAGUUCAGAAUAUAUUUUCUGAUGUCCAGAAAUCUGCAAGUGUCAAUUUUGUAUUUUAACUCCUUCCUUUUACCUGACUAUCAGGGAAGCGUGGUUGAGGCUGACCUGACAUGUCAUGAUGUCGACUUGCUAGGUGGGGUUCGCAGGGGACAUUAACCUUGGAGUUCUAGGUAAGAAAACUUUCUUUCUCAUUUCCUUCAGUAAGGUGAAAGGGUUGGUGUGGGAGGAGGGAGGAUAUGAUCUCCACAGACCUGAGCACUGGAGUAGCUUUCAAAAUCUGCCAUUACCAUGGAGAGAUUGCAAGUGUGGAAGGUAAAAGUUGAGGUUAAAUUUGUCCAUGUUCAAGAGAGGCAUGGUAUAGGUUCUUGAAAAUUAAUUUGAAAAUAAAGAUGACUUGCACUUCAGAAGAAAGGUGGAUGCUCUUUUAGGAGUGCUGGAAGCAUAAACAUUUUGAACAUUUAAAUUUUUCCUCUCUAAUUAAAUCCAGGUAUGGGUUGGAUUUCUUUCCCCACCUGUGGAAAAGCAAAGAAUUUGCAGCACACUUCUUCAAAGCUUAAGAAUGCUGUUAAGAAAAGUGUCCCAGUAGAUCUCUGGAAAAUAAUAAAAUUUUGCCUUGGAAAUAACAAAACUGGCAUAUCAUGAGUUUGAAUCAUUUAUGUAUUGAACAUGAUAAUGCUUAGAAGGCACUAAUCAAGAGAGAAUGGCUUUUGUACCAAGGGACAGCUGUAGUUGAUCCCAUUAUAAAAUCCCACUGGAUUUUAAAAAUCAUCUCUUUGUGGAGGGCAUAUGUUGAUUCUAGACAAACAAAUAGGAAAAGCUGAAGAACAGGUUUGCAAAUCAAAUACUUGGACGUGUUGAAUUCUUCUUGGCACCUGCUCAUCUUGCACCUUUCCUCAGCCAGCAGACUUGUCUUUUCCUGCUUGUUCAUGCAGUACUUGGAAAGGAGCAGAGAAGUUGGAAAAGCUUACUAGGCUAGAGGAGCAUUCCAGGUGCAGUCAUUGUUUACCGUGGGACUGAAUAGCAUGCCAGUUCUGACACCAACUGCAGAAGAAAUGUGCCUGGUGAGUACAGGUAUUUUGUAAGGAAUUUUCAGAAAUGAAGUAUUUGUUUCAUUCCAGAUAAACCUUACUUGGCAUACCACGACUUGAGAGCAGUUAUGAUCACACAAAGUCAUCAAUGUUGUUUCACUUGAAAGAUCAUAAACAGAAAAAAGAGGAUCUCUUAAUUCUGGAUUUUCCAAUCUGCAUGUCCCAGAGAGCUGCUGAUAGUGAGUGUAGUAGGAUGUGUUGCACAUGCUCAGGUGGCAUGUCUGGGAGAGGAUGGCAAGGUCCUUACAGGAGAAAAAGCAACUGAAUGGAUUGGCUUUUGCACAUGUGGAAUUUGGAGAUACCUGGAAAUUAUGGGAAUGGGACAUGCUCCUUUCAUAAAACAUCAGUCUCUUAUCAGUGAAGUUUAUGAGUUUCAAACACAAUGUCAGUAUGUAUUUCUGUGAUUGUAAGCUGCCAAAUUGCAUUAAAGGGGAAAAAAAAAAAAAGCAGACCAAAUUCCUGCCCUCCUUGCUUCAGACACAAGCUUCACUUUUUUCCUUCUUUAGCACCAGUGAGCAUGAGUCUUGUCAUUGGAUUCUCCUCUUCCUGCAGAGCUUGUGUAAGUGUAGGAUACACAGUUUUUUCUCCCUCUGUUUUUAAAUAUUCACAGCAACCUGUGAGAGGUGAUUGAAUUUAUAUUUAAUUUCGAGGAACGAGAAUCCAUUGUAUCAGCACCUGGUCACAUGACAUUAUUCUUUCUGACAUACCUUCAGACAUUUCACAUUUGGUGUGCAGAAGGUGCACACCCAGCUGGAAUUUCAGAGGAGAUGUGUUGUAAGCAUUAAUUUCAUGAUAGGAGAGGAAUCUAAUUCUAGAGAGCAUUCAGCUAUCUUAGCAAUGGAUGCUUCUUUCUGUUCUGGAAUUCCCUGCUGUGCUGCUUUAAGUGCUGCAGGAAAAGAGAAGUGAAAUGCUGCAUGGGCUAAAAGUCCUGUGAUUAAAAAUAGUUGCAGUUCUUAAAAAAAGCCAAAAUCAACCAAACAACCUUUACAAAAAACCCAAAGUCCGAAACAAGGACAGACAGCGUGGCUGUGCUCACAGCAUCCUGUGGACUGGGCACCUUUUCCUUCUCUCCCUGGGAAGGGCAGAGGAAUUGCAGUAGUGUCCUUGCAGGUAGGUGGUUGCUGGUCAGGUUUGGGAUACACCCCACUCAUGCAGCAGUUCAGGACCAGCUGGAUCAUUUUCCAGUAAACAUGAGUUAUUGGCAGGGAUGGCUCUAGUCUGACAUCAGGUCUGGGGCCUCUUACCAAAUUUUGCUCUGUGCCACUCCAGGAAGAGGAAAAGAACUGUGAAUUCUUUUUGCUUUCUAUUUUUGCUGGUAUGGCCACUUUUCAGGUGUUUUAUAAAUCUGCUCAUGCUGCAGUGGGUGUUCUCCUCCCACCUUGGAAGCGUCCUUGAUGCAGUAUCAGGAAGGGCAUAGUUGAAAGGGCUGUGGUGAGGGGUUCAUGGAACUGCUGGGAAUCCAGAGAUCUUGUACAGUGCUAAAAAUUAGGCCAGGAGAAUAUUAGCAUCCUAGCAUUCUGCAAGUCAAGUUCAACAGGGUCAAAAACGGGAGGAGUGUAGAUCAUAAAAAGGUCCUUUAAUAGCCAGAUAGCUGAGCAGUAGCUCAUAAAUAAGGACAGUCCUGCUUAUCCCAUUCUGCUUACUCCAGAAAUUUGAGCAGCCACCUUUAUUCUCCUGUUUCCAAACAGUUCUGGAUUCAAUUUAAAAUUUUUGGUGGACACAGCUUUAAAGAUGACUCUUAACCAUUUCUGUCAAAUUUGUUUUUCUGGCCCGCCAGUUUUCUUUCAUCUGUUAUUUAGGGGUUCACUACAUGAACCCUAUUAAUGAAUACCUAGUCAGUCUUUAUACUAUACAUGUUGGUUUUGAUUUCUGUAGCUUUGGUUUUCAAAUUGCUGUACAUUUGCAGGAUGCUAAUACAUUGCAUUACAUCUGAUAAUCAGUCUGUAGGCUUUUUGAUAGAGCACUGCUGAGCUGAACCCAUAGGUCAGAGACAAAAUUCAGUUUCAGGUUGAAGAGUGAGUCUGUAGCAGUUCUCCUGGUGAACUUGCCAGCAGGAUUUCUCUGCUGCUUCUCAUUCAGAUCCUAAGUGAUACUUUGACCAUCAAGCAGUUCCUGCUGCUCUCAUGCUGGACAAACCAAUGAUUCUGAGUAGAGACAUUGAAUUUAAGGUUCCUGAGAAAUGAGGAUGCUUAAACCCUUAAUGAUAGCAUUGUAGCUUCUCACUUCUACUCUUCCUUUCCUCCCCCAUUGUUGGUUGGAUGUUCACCUGUAUUUGUCUCCUUACAUAGAGAGAAAGAGGAGAAAAGCAUUUCCUGCAGUGUCUUGGAUGUGUUGAGCCAACAAGGUGCUGGUGCAGAUGCAAAGCUCUGUUGCAAGGUGUGAGAUUUCUUUGAGUGGACCUUGCUGUUUUCCAAAUGAUUUUUUGAUGUGGUAUGUAAAGGUAAAAAUACUACAGGAUUCUUCAAAUUUCUUUGAUAUUAUUCCUUACCUACAUGAAGUAUGAGAACUUGAGUUACUAAUUUUGUCAGCAUUUUGAGAUGAUAGAUGUUGCAGAGAACUGCAGGCAUGCACUUAGGAGCUAAUUUGCUCAUAAAAUCAUUUUAUGCAAAAAGCAUUCACAUUCAUCAUGUCUGUGAAGCAUUAGAACAUAUGUUUUCAUCAAUGUUCUGGUAAACAUUAAAUCUUCUCUAUGUUUGUUUUGUGGCAGUUAAUAGAAAAUAAAUAUGCUUUUUUCCCUCUCCUUUUUUACUUGACUGACUCUUGGUUGUAAAGUUUUUGCUUUUUCUCUCAUGUCAAAUAGAUGUUUUCUUUUAUGUGCCUUAGGAGUGGGUUCAGAAGGGUUUGCAGUGUAGCAUGUCAAAUCUAAAGGUCACAAAUUAAAUCUGUUUCACUGGGCCAGAGUGGGAUCUGUGCAGUGAAGGCUGCACCUUCCCCACUGUGGGAGGCUGUGUGGCUAGAGAGGUACCUCCACCAAUGUAGGUCAUCUUUUUUCUUUCAUUUGAAGUAGCUUGAAAAAUCCUUUUAGCAGCUAGGCUGAGAUUUAAAAUAGAAGCAGCUAAAGAACAUCAAAAGUGUGAAUGUAUCAGUAGAAGUUGCUGAAAUAAGAUACAGAUGUGCAACUAUUUGAGUAGCUCUUGGUGAUUUUUCUGGUUUGAGAUGUGUGCAGUGUGGGAUGGGCAGAGUGUUUGUUUACACAUCUGGAAGAACACUUAUGUGGUUGCUCUGCUCUUAAUUGCUGUGAUUAGCUCCACCCCUUCUUUGACCAAGGAAUAAGUAGUCAUGGAAAUUUGCAUUUCAGGAAUACAUGAAAAGCAGUGCUCUUCUGUUCCAGCAAAGUCUAGACUCUAGCAUAAUGGUUUAGAGUCCAGUUUUAUGGGAAUAAUCAUCCUUCUUCUCAGAGGCAACACUUGAAAUGUUUUUUCCUUGAACUUUAGUAAUUCUCACUUGUCUGAACUUUUUAUACAGAUUCUGUGUCUCUAUACAAAGGCCAUAUAUUUGAGUUCUUGGGAUUCAGGUGUGGUAUCUUGACUUUCCAUGAAGAUUAUUUCUUCAGAGUAGAGUUUUUUGGCAUUCUGAAGAAAAUUGGUCUAUUUUUUGGUAGACUUGUCUUGUUUGAACUGUCAAGUGCAACUGAAAGCCUGUGUCUGCAGAUGGGAUCUGAGCAGUUCCUGCUGAGAUUGGCUAUUUUCAGUGAUGCUUUUAUGUGAACAAAGGGUGCAAGUGAAUUAGCUCAGAAAGUUUUCUACUCACUAUUUCUACAGAAUGACUGACCUUGGGAAAAAGAGGGGGCAUCAGACAUUUAGGAAAGCAGUUGUACAUUAGACCAGUAGAGGCAGUCUUUUUCAUGAAUGCGUGAAAUCCAAUCCCAAAGUAGCAACUUGCUUAUAGGCUGGGUAACCAGGAGAGGAGCUGGAAAUACUAACACUAAAUAAUACCUGUGCUGUCUUCUGUGGCUGUUUCAGUUUGAGCUUGAAAUGCAAAGAAGUUGUGUGUAUUGCAUCUUUUUAACCAUGGUGUAAAUCUUACAAAGCCUCUAGUAAUAAGUUAAUUAAUCCAGGACAGACCACAAGGGUAUUUGGUGUAACUUUUUUUUUUUUUAAUUUAAAAAUGCAUGUUUUUCAGAUACAGAGCUGGAUCUGGCCAUAGAGACUGUGAACUUUGCUCUUGAUGUAACAGAAACAUGGGGUACAUAAUUCACAUUGAUUCUGUAUUGUCAUGUACUGUGUUGGUAGGUGAAAAUUAGAUAAUGAUGCCUGAAUUGCCCCUCCUGGGCAUGGAGGAACUGCAGUAUAUAAAUAUGGAAGAAGACUUCCAGAAGGAAUUGUGGGAUUGGCACAGCCAGGUGGAUCUCAAGCAAAGACAGACUCCUUUUUGAUGCACAGAACCUCUGCUUGUGUUAGCAAAAAAUUCUUCUCUGUUCCAAACUGAGACCACAAAACCUUUAGUGAGAAAAAACCCCACAAUCAGACUUUAGUACCAAGAGCCUGAGAAUGAUUGCAGUUACUUACAGAGAUAGGAUUGCUUGAUGAAAAUUGAGAUGUAAGUGUGAUUAGAUGUUCAUUUGCUUGUUACACUCAUGGUUCAGUCCUGUCAUUAACACAGUUCAGCCAGUGCAGGUGUCUCAAUGCUGCCUGUAAGAAGAUGUCUGCUGGCAGAAUGAAAGGAGAAGAAAAAGCCUAUGGCUGUGUAAAUGCACACUUUUUUCCCCCCUCUCUAUUAGUUGUCUAAAUAAGCUUUUUUAGAAACUAUAGUUAUUAACAUCAAUCAGAAAUCAGGCUCUGAAGAAGUUAAAACUCAUUUUUAUAUCUUAGUACACAAGUGCCUGGACUCCUUUAUCUACUAAUAAUCUUUUAGCUUCCAUUCUCAUCUCAUAAUCCCUGAAGAACAUUCAUGAUGCCAUAUGAGUUGAGUUGGUAAGUUACCUCUCCUUGUAUGUGUGGAGAAGUUUGAUUGCUGGCUUUCCUGAAAGGAUUUCAGAACUUCAUUUAUGGCAUCUGCUAUUGUAGCCUCUGCACACACACUAGGAUUCUAAAGCUGUGGCACAGUAUGAAAUCACUUGGAGGCUGGAUAUUCUUUUAAAUUUACAAAAAUCUAGCAAAAUUGCUGUUUCCCUGUAGGUGGCUCUUGCCUGUGGCAGUGCUCUGGGUUGUAGCCUGCAGGGCAAUGCUACUCUUCACUGCCUGACUGCUGCAGCUGCUGGCUGAUGUCUGGCAGAACAGGAAACGGGUGGAAAAGGAUUACUAGAGCACAAGUAUCAGUCACAUCCUGGAUUCUUGGACUGGAUACCAUGCUCUUAAACUUGUUAGAAUAAUACCUGGAAUAAUCAAGAUAUGCUCCACUACUUAAAUCAAGUUUAUUUUUAGCCCAGUGGUUUUUGAAUUGAAACUGCUCAGGCAAAACUGGUUUUUGAAGUAUUUAUAAAUGUUUCUUUCAGUGUUGCACACAAAUUUCAGCUGAAUGUAGACUGAAGGCAUUUGGGCAUACGAGUAGAUGGCUUCUCAGUGGUCCUUUACAACCUUACACUGGAGGAAAAAUAAAAAGAAAAAAGAAGAAAUAACUGGCAAGUAGAGAAGUUGGACAGAUUAUAUGACUCCCUAGUUUCUUUUCAAUAUUUAUUGUUACAUUUUUUUGAAUAUUUUUCCUUUUCUAGGUGUUUUCUACAUUUCCUGGACUUAGGCUUUGUCCCUCUCAGUCUCUUAUGGUUCCAUCAUGCACCAGUAGUCAGCAUGGUCAGAAGGCUUGGCUCAUAUUUACCUCACAGUUUAGAACUCCUUGCAAACAUUUAAGGAGGAAAAAAAAAAAAAAGCACAUAUUUUGCAUCUUCCUGUUUUUCUGUAUUUUAAAUUGAAGUGAUUAGGAAGCUGGGUUUUAAUCAGCUUUUAGUAGAGGUGAGAUAGAGAAGUGUUUCUCUAACUGCUCAUUAUAUUUGUCUGAAAACAUCUUUUUGGGGUCUCACCUGACUCAGUGCCUUCUCAGUUGCCUGCUGCUUUGCAAGGCUCAGGUGGAAUAUUUGUGAGACUGACACAAGAGAGGCAGAGGAGGAUAAAAAUCAAUUGUGUUCUCAGAAGUGGAGCCCAGUGCCUGCUUUUUUCACGUGUGAUUUGGGUUGGGAGAAGAAUUGAACCAAACAGUUCUGGUGUUUUUUCCAUUGAUACCUGGUGAAGAGCAGCCCAGAUCUGCAUGACCUGGCUGAAGGAGGGCAGCCCUUGGGAGCUGGAGACAGGUAAGGCUUUGGUGCAGCUCUUCCUUGCUCAACCCUUGCUGUCUUUGUGCUUUACCUAUGCCUGCAGCCUCUCUUUGGUCAUAAAGCUGUCAGGCCCCAUACAUCUGCAUCCUUUCCAGUUCCUCUUAGGGAAGUUCCUGGUCUUGCCAAAAUCCAAACAAAAAGUGCAGCUUUGCCUGCAGCUUUUCAGCUUUUAUAUGUUUUGCUAUGGAGUUCUGGGCUUGUCUGUGUUUCCACUUCAUGUGUGACCUUUUCUCUUUGGGAUUGGACCCUUUUCAUGAUGGCUCUUCAAGGCUUGGUCUUCCAGCCUCCUACCUGGCUUAAAUUUACAAUAAGUAAAAUAUUUUCAGUCCUGUUGUUCAUUUUGGUAGGUUUUGUCCAUGAAUAGGACCUCCUGGCAUCUCUCAGAGUGCAGGGUAAUGUCUGAGGUGUGGCAGUAGUAGGUGAUGGUUGUUGAUGGUGUUCUUUGAUAGAGGUGAUUCUGCUCCAUUGACUCUGAAAACCUUCCCAUUCCAUUGAGGUGUUCCCAUCUCUGUCGUGCUGCCUUCCUGGCACUGCUGAGUUGGAGGAGUUUCCAUCUACCAGAGGUAACAGGAGGGAUGAGAUCAAGCCCUUUUUGGCUUUGUGGUUUUGCUUUGUUUUCUGAGCCCUUUCUGAUACAAAUUGCAUAUCUUGGAACCCAAGAGUUUUAGGUGCAGAAGUCAGCUUGGUUUGAGUGAGCUUUAGAGCUUUAUAUCCACACACUGAUGGCAGGACCCCAUCAACCUUCACAGCUUCUUGGAACAGUUAUUUGUUGGUUGCAUUCACUUGAGGGGAGUGAUUUUCCUCUGGAUUUUCCUCUGGGUUCUUUGAUCUCUGGUCUCUGGCCUGGGCUGGAUCAUCAGCCUGGCUUAGCUUAUGCCUCUUGAUCUCUUCAGGCUUCAUUCAUCUUUUAGAGAAAUAGGAUGUUGUGAUCACCAUUCUUGAAUCUUAAAAUCUCUAGUUUCUCUGGAAUUGGUUGUUUUGUAUUCAUGGCUUUUGGCUGUUAGUCUUAGGAAAUGCUCUUGGGGAGUGUGGUGGUGCACUGCCUCCUGCAGUAGCAGGACACCUUGACAGGUGUCAUCUCUUCCACUUGCAUAAGCAGCACAAAAUCUUGCAGCCUGCUUCUUCAUCGUUCACUGAGCACAUCAGAGUCAUUUAGGACUUUAAAUCCUUGCCUUUUCUUAAAAAAAGAGUAAGCAAACACCAGUUAAUGUCACUGCUGCACAACGUUAUGAAUUGCCUGAGCAGAUGUUAGUGAAAUGACUGUUGCAUUUUGUUUCAUCUGCAGGAUUUUCAGGUUGAUCCAUCUCUGAACAGCUUCUCUCUCCUUAAUGGCCAGUUUGGAAAAGAUGAUGGUCUGUUCCACAAUAGCUGGGAUUUCUUUUUAUUCUGCAUGCUUAAGUGAACCAUCUAAAAAAUACCAGGAGGAACAGAAUUAAAAAGAAGAAAGCCUUACCACUAAAGUAAAGAAAUGUGGAUAUUCAUUACCAUGGACCAAAUCUCCAAACUGGUACUCAGAAACUGAAGUGUAAAACCAGCUGAAAUCAUCUCUGGCAGUAUGUCACAUUUCCUUUAGUGAGCUGCAGCAGUAGCUCAGGUGAACAUCACCUGCAUUCUUUUUUCCAGAUUCAGUCCUAAGUUUUAGCUUACAGGUAAUUGAUGUAAAGGGUUGUAGCUUAUUUUGAAAAAAAAACCCAGUGAGGAUCUUUCCAAGUCUGCCUCAGUAACUUGGGAUAUUUGGUGGCAUGUGAAAUAGGUGACUUUGCUUCACUUACCUUUGGCUUUAUAGAGGGGCAGGAGGAUGGUGUAACACCUGCUCAUGCUCACUGCAGUGUGAGAGUUGAUUAACUAUUUGCAUAUUAAUAUUACUACCUACCACUCUCAAAUUAUUCACCAUGAAGAGCCUUUCCUGAGAUUCUGAAUUCUAUUUUGUUCAUAUUUGCUGCUUUUGUAUCUGCUGAAUGCCAGCUCCCUCUUUUCCAUGGGGUAGGAUUGCAGGAUCUGUGCUCUUUGUUUUAAUAACUUUCUCCUCUUUGAAAUGCCACUAUUUCUGGUCUGUUUUUAGAUGAUGAAGGAUAGACACUGUGAUGGGCACUAAAGCAUGGACUUGGAGUGUGCACUCUGGUGGCAGGUACUCCUAUCUGAUCCCCGUGGUCUGUUGUGUCUGAGGAGGGCUUAGGUACUGUGUGUCUUAGCUGUGGUUUUCUCCAUUUAUUCAUUUCAGUGUUGAUUGAAAUGUUUGUCUUUAUUUAUAGCAUAUCCAACAGCUGUGUUGCAACAGAGAAGGUAAGUUUAGAGCUGGGGGCAAAGGGGUUGACGAGCUCUGGAUAGUUAAACUGUUUUGGUUUUUUUUCUGAUAUAAUCCUUAAAGUUUAUAGGCAGAUGGUGGAUUUAUGGACAUUAGACAGAUGCUAAAGCCAUUACAAAAUGGCAAGAAACAGGGCAUUUAUUAUAUAUUAUAUGGGGAGGAGUAAUUUGAGAAUUAGAUUUUUAACCAUUCUUGCAGUAUUUAUUUGUCCUUUAAGAUACAGAUGCAAAUUCACCAAUCUGUUCAGUGAGAUAUUUUUCCUAUUCAUUUUCCUGAUUGAGAAUUAGUGUUAAUGUCACACUUGUUGCUAGAAGCUAUUGAGCUGGUCAUGCUCAUUUCUCUCUGCUGAGCUCAGUGAAUUUUGCUCUCCACUCUGUGAUGGAGGAUUGCUGGUUGCUGUUAGCUGUGCUUUAAAGACAAGAAUUCCUGGGUUUGGUCAAGUUUAGGACAUGCUUGUUCUAAAGCCUAACAAAAGCAUUAGCUAAUAUAUAUCUCAGUUCUCUGAUGUGGGCUAUAAGGGACUGCCUGUCAAUACAUCUGAAUUACCUUGUUUUGACAGGUAAUUAAAUCUGGAUCUCUUCCUUAGCUAACAAAGCAAACAGUCUCAGAUAUGCUUUGCUAGGCAGAAUCAUGUGUAGACAGCAAGGUUUUAUUAUCUGUGAGGAAAAAUGCAUUUAUAAGAACAUGAAAUCUAGAUGACCUUGAAUGAAAACAAAGAAAUAAAAUUUUAUGAGAUACAGUAUAUUAAUGCCCCAACUUGGAUGUAGGAUUUCCUGAGCAGUAAUUUUGUUUUAACUGCCAUUAAAGCUCUGUGUACAAUCUGUACUUCUGCAGGAAAUGUGAACUAUCCCAGGGACUGGCUGGCUGCCGGAAGGACCCCAGUGCCUGCCUUUCAGGACAAGUGACCUGAGCAUUGAUGUGCCCAUGGUAGCAGUUCAGGUGGGUGUGUUACCUGUAUUUGCAGACUUUUCUUGUUCUCUGCACUGUACCAGAAACUGCACGUGCCUUGUACAAUCUGUUUGGCCCUCUUGUAAUGUCUGGUUUUCCUAAUAAACAUCUUUUGAAGUC